AUGGAGGAGUAUUUGGCGGCGGAGGGCGUUUCUGGCACGAACCAGAAGCGCACCAUGCGCGCCGUCCGCUCGCUCGUGCGCGGUGACGGCGUGCCGUUCCCGAAGGCCGCGAAGCCACCUCUCGCCGCCGGCCGCCCGCUCCGCUUGAGUGACGAUUUGGUCCAACUGCUGGCGGAGGCGCGCGAGUGGUGCCCAGCGGAGGAGGACAAGUCGCGAGGGUGGCUGUAUGCCCACCCGCUCAAGAAGCUGAUGCUCUUCAAGCGCGAGCGAGGCGCCUCGUGGCUUGGGAUGCCCCUGGCGCCGCCGCUCUCGAUGCUGGCGGAGGACAUGUCGAGCGACGACGAGGAGGACGAGGGCGAGGACGAGGAGGAGGGCAGGCCGCUCGCCGCGAGGCUCCCACUUGGCCCCAAAGAUGGCGCCGGACCCGCCGCUGCGCCAGGCCCCCACCCGCCGCCGCGCGUGCGCUCCGUGUUUGCCGAGUUUGCGUACAACCCGUAG